GACGGGGCCGUUCAGACACGCCCGAGCGGCCGAACCGCGCUGUCGUUCGGGGGCAGAGGCAGCGGCCCAGGGCUGUGCCCGCCGAGCGCCCUGCGCUGUCCGCCCGCAGAAGCGGCGAGCGCUGCACUCCGAGCCGGCCCCGGUGGGCUGAUAGCGGCGAGCAGCGGCACGGAGGGGGGCUGUGGCACCCCAUGAGCUGUACGCAGCCCCCCGAGAUGCACCGGCCGACGUGCUGAGUUGCUCUAGAAUUGCGGCUGGAGUGUGGAGGGUACCCUCCACCGGCAGCGAUUUUGCAGGGGUUUGGAGAUGAGGUGCAGAUGGAGUUGUUGUUUAGUCUUAAAAAUAUCUGUCUGAAAGGAGAUUUGGAUCUUAAAAUUCUAGUCUGUCGUUUUCUGAAGUGUACUGUAGGUAUAGUGCUGCAGCGUGGGCACAGCUGUUAUUUUGAGGCCACAGCGUAUCCCUUGUCAGCAUGGAUAACAAAAGUGCUUCAGGGUGUCACCGUUGAGCGCCACAGAGUCUAACCAUGUCUUUAAAUUCAUCUACACUAUUAAAUGAAGAGAAGGCUCAAGGAGCACAAAGAAAUACUGAGGGUUUGGAAAGCCUACUGCAGACUCCAUCAUCGAUUCAAGAUAAUCCACUUCAACAAUUACAGUUAGCAUCCCAGGAAGUACUGGAAAAGGCAAAAAAGAGUGGGAGAUCAAAAUGCCCCCGAUGCAAUAGUUCAAGGAUGUUUUAUUGUUAUACAUGCUUUGUUCCUGUUGAAACUGUCCCUACCAAAGAAAUUCCAACUGUGAAAUUACCUUUGAAGAUUGACAUUAUUAAACACCCAAACGAACUCGAUGGCAAAAGCACUGCUGUGCAUGCUAAGCUCCUGGCACCUGAUGAUGUUACAAUUUAUAAAUACCCGUGCAUUCCAGAGUAUGAAGAGAAGAGACACGAAAUAGCACUUAUAUUUCCUGGCCCCAAUUCAGUUUCAGUAAGAGAUAUUGCUUUCCAUCUCCAAAAGUACACCAAGAAAGGUGUCUGUUCUAGUGACGAUGACUGUUCCAGAGAGCCAGUUCUUAAACAAGCAAAAAUAGAACCUGAAGCAGAAAAAAAUCCAAAUGAAUGCAUCUCAAGCAGCAGGAGUGAAGGCACCGGACUGAAGAAAAUAAUAUUUAUUGACAGUACCUGGAAUCAGACUAACAAGAUAAUAACUGAUGAACGACUUCAAGGGUUACUGCAAAUUGAGUUGAAGACAAGGAAAACUUGCUUUUGGCGUCAUCAGAAGGGAAAACCAGAUACAUACCUUUCCACAAUAGAAGCAAUUUAUUAUUUCCUUGUGGACUAUCAUCAGGAGAUUUUGAAGGAGAGCUACAAAGGACAAUAUGAUAAUCUGCUUUUUUUCUUUUCAUUUAUGUAUACAUUGAUUAAAGAUGCCAAGUGUUGUUCAGGAAAAGAGUAAGCUGUCUGGUGGUGCACGACACUACUUUUUUUUACUAAUAAUAAACUGCACAAACAUAACUAGGAUUUUUUUUUUUUUUUGGAAAUAGACUGUACUCUAAAUAAUGUCCAGAAGUGAGCUGCAGACCUCCUGCACGCUUGAGGUUGUAGAACUGCUCACAUGAGCACUCUUUUUAGAGUUACUUAUUUGAAAACAGUUACAUUUUCCUAAAUAUUGCUGUACUUCAAUCUACAGGCCUGAUGUGCUCAGUGUGAUGAGCACAUUUCCUGAGAUGGCAAUGGAGGACCUGACCCCUGUUCCCAUAAGGAGUGAUCUCUUUUAACUGUAAGAAGGAAUUAGCAUGCUGGCUUUUCAUUGUUACUAAUACUUAUGUCAGAUGUUUUCUUUGUGGUUUACACAGCACUACUGAUUUUGCCUUCGUGGCAUCAAAGGCUUACUGAAUGAGCAGAUGGGGUUUAGUUGCCAGGGAGAGGGGCAGCAAUAGAGAAUGAAGGAGCACAUUAAUUGAAUAUGAAUUACAUACUUUCAAGUUUAAUUCGGAAAACUCUUCUAGUAUUAAAAAAGUGGUCUCUUUAAACACUGUUAUACAAUGUAUGAUUUCUGUAGUACCAUUCAUGUACUCUUAUAUUUGGAUUAUUCUCAACUUCUUGGGUAAUUUUAGACUUCUUCAAACAAAUUUAGUUACGUGUUUAUUACUGUUAUAUAUUAUCAUUAUUUGGGGGAGCACUAACCUAACAAAUGUCACUAUGGCAUUUUGUAGGCACCAGAAAUGGUGGUUCUGACCACAAUAUUUCUGACAAGGCUUCCUUAAACUAGGAAGGCUGUGAAUAUGCUUUGUUUUUCCUUUUGCAGUGAUGGGGCAGAUUAGAGACUUUGUGCUGAUGGGACUAUUGUCAUAGCUGUAGUGCUGCUGUCAGAGUCAUCAUGUGUGAAUGUAGUUUUGCCAAGCUACACCAGCACAGCCAGUGCUGGAAGAGGUAAUAGACCUGAGCUUUAGAGCAGAGGUAUAUGAAUGUAUUUUAGAUCAUACAUUGAUAAAAGUUAUAUUCCUAAGGUAGAAAAAAUGUUUCAUAAGAGGUAUAAGAUGGAUAAACAUUUCUAAAUAUUCUUAGAAAUGUAUUACUUAAGACAAAAUAUAUCUUGUCAAAGUGACAGACUGAAAAAUUACAAUAGAUUAUUUUUUAAACAAAACAUCCAAGCUUUUGUUUUCACUUGUAGCAUACUCUCUAGGAGGACACUCACACACCCUGGUGAACAUAGAAAUAAUGUCUUGGAAAAUAUUUUUUAUACUUACACAGCAGUCCAUACAGGCUCAAAUAGCUGGUUUGUACUGCAUUUUUAAUAGUGCAAAAACCCUGCAUUUCAAGGUGAAAUCUUAGUAUUGCUUCAAACACAAGAUACAAAUACACUCUCUUACAUCAUACCUCAUAUUGGUGCACAAGCACAUAUAAAAAUGCAUUUCAGUGGACAACAAAAAUAUAUCCCCAUUUGCAGAACAAAAUGCUGGUUAUGUUAUGAAAUUAUGAAAUGUGCAUGAACUAUAACAGCACCACAGGAAACACAGGCUUGAAGGCAGAAUGAGAAAGAUAAUUUUUAUAUCUACCUAUAUAUUGAGUUCAUGUGCCAAGCAAUGAGAAAAAUCAGCAGUCAUGUCUCAGUGCUAUUGAAACAACACUACCUACUCAUUUGGUUCUUAUUGCUAUUGAGAAGAUAUUUUGGCUUUUUAACAUAAUUAAUGUUAUUUCCUUUGGUAUGAAUUUUGAUAGUCUUUUGACAUUUCCAUCUGUUCUUGUAUUUCUUAAACAAAGAUUGUUAUAAUUUUUUUUUUUUUUAAAUCACAGAAGUAUAAUAGCUCGAGAAGGAAACUUUCACCCACUUUAAACAAACAAAAAUAAAAUUAACCCACUGACCUAAUGUUUUACAAGAACCAGAGAGAAAAAUCUGGGGGGAGAUGGGGAGUUACUUCCAAGACACAUUUCCCUGAAAACAUGUUUUUUAUUUAAGAAGCAGAGGUCAGAUAAAAGCUUGUAUAAGCUGUUCUUCGUUACUUUUGGAAAAUAGUUCAUAAGGUGAAAAACUGUUUCCAAAUUUAAGUUUUGUGUAUUUCACUUUAUUUGAACAGUGGGAAUUAAUAACCUUUUCCAAAAGAAAAUUAGUUUUACUUCUCAGAAAUUAAUGUACAGAAAGGAUUUUACUUCUGGCAAACUGUGUCCAGGAACUGGGUUCAGAUUCUUUUUCUUCCAGUGCAACCUCAGUGUAAUGCAAGAGUCAUUUGUUACACCAAGGGACAGAGGCACACCUAAUAUCUGUAAUUCUUUACCAUCUGUUGCUGUUCCUCUGAUAACCUUUUAUGGGGGCAGGAAGGAGGUUUUUGUCACUUCUGCUGCAAAUCUGUCCUGUCUGAGCAGCAGAUGUAGUUGCCCUUUCUCUCAUAUAUAUAAAAAUAUUUACAUCCUCUAUUUAAUUUUGAUGUUGUUAUAAGAAGCCAGACCAAGUCAUACAUCUCACACUGAAAGCAUCUUAGUACAACUGAUACAUUUCCCCAGCUUUGAGACUAAAGAAAAAUUUUGCUCCACUAAAUGAAAGCAAUCACGUGGUUAAUCCUUUCAAGUGCAAUUAGCAGCACUGACCUCCCUGUUCUUUAAAUUGAGGGUCAUGGGGAGGUAAAGGCCAGUUCUGGGCCUUUUCUUUCAUAUCAGAAUACCCCUUCACUAUCUCUUCUGUUUCCAAAAACAUCAGAGACCAAGAGAGAAAAACAGGCUUCUGCUUCCAUUAGCAGUAACUUAAACAGCCAUAAGUUAAAGGGGGAGGAAAAGGAAGAGCAGCUCUAUCUCCUCUCACAACAGGAGACAUCUGGCCUCCUGUGGGGAGGCCCCAGAUAACAAAGAACCUGUCAGUGCAAACCUCCACGAUGUGUUCAGAGAACCGUUUUACCUGCAGUCUGGCUCAUUCAUUUCCUGCCACUGAAGUCAUCUGCUUCUGCUUAUUGUGGGUAUUUUUGUUCUUUGUUUGGCCAGGAGCAUGAAGUGGCUGCAUUUCAGCAUGCCUGUAAGCUUGGUCAGAGGGAGUAUUUAAUCCUUUUCUCAAAAUGAAUAAGAGAUGGAGCUGCUGCAAAAAACAAUUCCUUUCCUGGAAGGUAGCAGAAAUGUCAUCCAAGCCGAGGUUGAAUAAAGGGUCAUGACGGAGCAUGGGGUAAAGAUACAUUGAGAUUGCAAAGAGAUGCCAACUUGGAAUCUACAGCACAACCUCCCAAAGUACUUGUAAUCUUACCUGAUUUAAAUCCUUUGCUACUGCUUCUUGCAGUCUUAGAGUCCAUCUGGUUUUCCACAUAGUGUUCUUCAGGCUUAACUACAGCAUGAUACAAGGAUCUGUUCUUACCUUGCCCUUGCAGUGUGUUUCAGUACUUUGCCUAAAUGCUCUAAAACUCAGUCUACAUAAAUGAUAGUGGUUAUAGCAUGCUUGUACCAAAGUAUAAUGUGAUAUGAAAAUCCAUCCUACCUACCUCUACCUUCAAAAGUGCCAAAAGAAGAUAGGAGGGAGGGAAAGUUCCCAUUAGUUUCCCAUCAUGUACUAUAACACAGUUAAUACACUCCCAGGUGCCAUUAACUUGUGUCUCAGAAUAUUCUGCCUUUAACAAAAGUUAUUGGCAAUUGCAGCACAUUUCCAACAGGAAAGCUUUCUCACUAAGAUCAAAAUGUGUGGCAGUUAAACUCUUGAUCUACUGAUACCAGAAUAUGAGGUCAACUACUAAGGUACUGAAGGAUUCAAUGUAAUUCCUAAACUGUUAUUCCUUGUCUUGAGGGACACCAUUUUAGUAAAAUUCUAAUUCAUUAAGAAUGUUAAUUGUGACUGAUCAAACUUAGUAAUACCAACAUUAAAAGGAAGUGUUUAUAUGAAAACUCUACCACAUUCUUCCUGUUUGCUUGUUGGGAAAGACAACAUGUAGCUGCCAUUUUACGGAUUCAGAAGAGAAAUGAGAUACUGUUGAAUUUAGAAAGUAGUCUGUCGCAUAAAACUACUCUUAGAGAUGUGAUUUCUUCACCCUAUCUGCCAGAAAUAAAAUAAAAUAAUUCUGAAGUUCCAGAGUAAGAGGUGGGAACUAGUUCUCUAAUGCAAAACAGACAGCAGACUAUAUUUUCACCUCAUGGAAAGUGGAAAUUUUUGUCUAGCUUUAGCAAUACUGGUGCGGUUGCCACAUGAUUUUACUGCUGACUUCUCAGACCACUGGUGUUGCAAUAGGAUGUUUAGAAACAUACCACAGAAGAGUGAACAGAAGAGAAUGUGCUCCACCAAUAUACCCCAGACUGACUCCUGCUCCUUUUCUGAUCCUGUGCACUGUGCUUCCCUUACUUGUAAAAGUAAUUUCUGCCUCUGAAUAAAGUGUCUAUCCAUGAAACUGGGCCCAUAAGCCAGUUAAACUGGCAUGAAAUCUAAAAGCUUUAGUACAAUUUCUGAAAUUAUUUGCUUUGGAGAUGGAUACUAGUGAACUGAAGAGAAUCAAACUCCUUUAGUUUUAAAAAAGCAUCCUUUUGUCUUUUCUACCGAAGAACAAUACUUUGGAUUCCUGCAAAAGAAGCUUUUUCAAGCUGAAACUCAGCCUUCAUUUAAUUUCCUAAUGUUAAAUAAAAAUUCUAUAUUUCAAGAACAUCAUAAUGUUUUAUUCCUUUCAGAAAUUAUUUUUGAGUUUUCAGUUUCAUGACUAAAUUGUUUGCCAAAUGCAGCAUGAAUUUCAGCUGAUCUGAAACUGCAUUUUCUAGUGAUUAGUCAAUGCAGCUGAAACAUGCAGUAUAGUUUUUCUGUUUGCAGGUUUUCUUUAGGCAGAAUUAAUGCUACAGUCUUUUUUUUUUUUCAUGUUUACAGCAGACAAGGAAGCAACUUGAUACAGGUUCCAUUGUCAGAAGCAUCACAUAACACACUUCAGUCUACUUGAGGCAGUUGUAUCGUGUUCCUCUUUUAACCUCACAUGUAUCUGAGUGUGGUGACAGUAUUGGCUUUGCUCUGCAUACCUGACUUGGUUAAGAAUACAAAAGUGCUUGCAUUCUAUUCUCUUGUGACUGUGUUGGCAAAAAAAUAUAACAUAGAAAGCUUUACAUCACCAAAAGCUUCCUCUUAUCUUUGAAUCUGACUUACUUUUUCUAGAAAACUGUUUUAAAACCAAUGCCUGAAGCAGCUGCCAAGGAAUUGGCCAAAAAAAUUAUAGCAUCAAACUCCUGAAUGCAGAAUGCUCUCUAAGGUAGGCAUGGCUGAGCUGAUUUUGCUCUUUUUAAAAGAAUUCAUUGAAAAAAAAAGGAGUAAGAAACAACAGAAAAAAAAGCUUGAAUUUUUUGAAGCCCAUGAAAACUAACACAGUAGAUUCAAACAAUCAAGGUAACAUGCAAUAUGGAUGGUCUGAUGGCAAUGGCCAGGAUCUGGUUUUCUAGGCCUCUGCAACGUUCUGCCCCUUCUAUAUAGGCAGUGGUCAUUUUCAGCUGAACAUGUGCCUAUGUAUAUUCAUCUUUGAGGCAUUAAUUUAGAAAAUACAUUUCUAGUUUAUUUUUCUAUAUGUUGGCAUUUUUCUUGUAAGAAAUUAAUAUAUCAUAACUAACUCUGUACUAAACUCUGUCAUUGUCUUUCAGUACCUUGUUUUGUUUUCCAAAGUUCCAGUAUUGGCAUGCUUCCGGUAACAGAAUUGGGAUCUUCCUGUGCUGCUGAGUUUACUGUGUCAUUUGCACCAGUGACCAGAGCCAAGUCUGUAUCUCAGACAAAAAGGAAAUAUAUUACAAAAUGUGUUAUUAUAAAAGGAAAAGCCACUGCUUCAAGUUAUCAAGACAACACCAAAGCACAUUAAUCAAGCGUACAAUAAAUGAUGACAGUUUGUUGUUUCAUCUGAAUGAAAAAAUUAAAUCCAUCUGUUGGUGUUCAAACCUAGAAUCCAAUCUUGGCAGUUCCAUGUGCUAAUGAAAACUAUUGAAAAAAUUUCAUGCAUUCUCUAUGCAAGAUAUCAUAAAAAUAAAUACUCCUAAGACUUAAGAGGCAGUGUUACGCAAGGCUGUGGUGAGGUCACUAAACAGAGCCCAUGUGUGGGAUCUGAGGGUGACGUGCAUUAUGUUAUACCACAGAGUAUUUCAACACUGUUCACUUACAGGCCAAAUCUCCAGUAUCUGUUCUGAUCAGCUCCUCAGUUCCGUGGUUCUGCAUGCAAGAAGCACUCCAUUUACACCCAAUCCAUUGUAGCACCACAAUGAACUUUUAAAUUAUUCAAGAGAUUCCACCAAUUAAGAUAGAACACAACUCUAAAAAUUGCUUGUAAUAGAACACAACUCUAAAAAUUGCUUUUAAUUGCUAAAACCUCUAACUAUGCUGGUCAUUAAAUGUAUAUUUCUAGAGUAACACUAUUGAUAAAAAUACGGGGUUUAGUUUAGAGCUUUAGCACCAGCAGUAUCAAAUAGAUUUCCCUUGUCCUCCUCAUGCUCAUUGACUCCUUCAAAAACUCUUAAUAGGCUUGUGAAAUAUCUACAGAAGUAGCAUUUCUCUCUCUGCCCAACAUACUUACCAAUGUGCCUACCUUUUUUUUUUUCCAAAGUUGU